UAUUCAUAUAUUCAUUAUGGAAUACUCACAGCUUAUUACAGAUAAUAUAAUAUCAGUUGAAAAUGAAGAUGAUGAGGAAUCUGACUAUUCGCUUGAUUAUGAAUACAUUGGGCCUCGUAAAGCAGUUUAUAGAGAUGAAGAUGAUAAUGAUUCAAACGCAUCCGAGCUAUCUUUUUCUUCAUCUACUGAUGGUUUUGAUAUGUGGGAUGAGGACCCUUACAGCACAAACGAUUUCACUUGGCAAUCAAACGAUAUGAAUUUAACACAGUUUAUAAAAUUGAAGCAGAAAGAAUUAAAUAGUAUCAAUACACCGUGGAAACAAGAAUCAUUUUGGAAAAAGGAGAAGGGGUGGCCUAGACAAUUACCUGUUUCUAGUUCCACAACGAAUCACGACCAGUCGGCAAAUGCUUUAUCACUUGUUUUAUCCGAUUUCGGUUCUUCUGAGAAGCUUCAUACUAUCUAUAAGGAUCGAAUUAUUGAAUGUGGAAACUAUGAUGGUCUGAUGGUUGAUACCACGUCAUCAUCAUCAUCACCUUAUAAUAUAGAUAAUAACACGACAUGGCUGGACAGUGAUGAUAAUUCCAUUAGUAUUCAAAAAAUUAAAUUUAUCGAGACACAUGCUUCUAUAAACCAUCAUUUAGAAGAAGAAAAAAGACAAAAUAAUGAAUGUAUAAACAACAAAACUUCAACUACCAGUAACACUUUAAUAUCAAACUUUAUUCCUUACACCAAAUAUCUUAAACGAUCUCAAUUUCCUACUAUUUUACCCAAACAAUCCUAUCAUUCUUUGACCUAUGAGCCUAUGUGUAUAGUAGAAAAAUAUGGCUAUAUGGCAAUCGGAGGUAUUGAAGGAGAAUUUGAGCUUUACUGCUGUAUGGAGGAGGAUCAAAAGCCUAUUAAAAUAUGGGGCACUAAAUUCAAAAGUAAAGACAACGUCUUAUUAAUGACAAACUCUGUUCAAAUUGUACGAUGGAAAAGAAUUGAUUUAUUAACGUCAGGAGAUUAUUAUUAUAAUCAUUACUUGAUAGCUUCUUUAAAUGACGCUGGCGUGCUCGUAUAUCAUCUACCUCAUCAUCAACACUGUCAGCAACAUUAUUCCUCAUUUUUGGCGCAUAACACCGUUGCAUCUACUUGUCAUCUCCAAUAUCAUCAUAUUCGCUCCUUCGAUCGAGUCCCCAUUAACGAUGCUAAAGUCAGUCCAGAUGGCAAACAUCUUAUUUGUAUAGGUGAUGCUGCCUGUGUCUUUCAUUCGGAAAUUUCAUUUGACGAGCGAGAUCAAAUUAUUUUUAGUUUGCCCGAGAAAUUAAAGAUACCAUCAUCUAUCCUAUUAAAUGAUACCAUCCAUAAAACAACAACAACCACCACCACCACUACGACAACCUUACCCUUUUUGUCUUCUCAAUAUGUUGCCUGGAGCAAAUCUUCUCUGUAUUUUGCACACACAUCAGAUACACAUAAUAAUGUCUUUGUCUGGCGCACAAAGCCUCGAUUCGAAAUGCUUUACCGUAUCGAUGCUGGAGGGUACACAUAUGCUAUACAAUUUCAUCCAGAACGUGAAGGUGUCUUGGCUUUCUCAAAUCGUUAUGGCUAUCUACACACGGUUGACUUGGAUACCUGUAUCGAUCAAAAUGAACCAACUCGUUUAUUUCGUGUCUUGGACUUUGAUCGACAAACGACGGAUAGUGAAGGUCAUGUAUGUACAAGUUCUUGUGUAAAAGGAAAUGAGGCUAUCUAUCAUACACUGCAUAUAUUUGCGCGUCAAGAGAUUACCAUGGUCUCCUUUCGUGGUGAAAAGAGUCGAAGGUUGAGAAUACUGGCCAAGAUCAAUGGACUACAGUGGUCCAAAGAUGGAUGUUAUCUGUAUGUUGCAACUAAAAGGCGUGUAUUAGCUUACGAGUUUAUUCAGUCCUCUUGUCAUAUUCAGAGUUUAGAAAAAAUAACUGGUCUUGCUGCUUUGUCGGUUUUAGAAGAAAAGGAACGAGUAAAGAGAUCAAAAAGAAAAGAACAAUUUGAAAACAAUAAUGUAGAAAAGAAGAAGAAGAAGAUUUGGCAUGAUAAAUGGAAUAAUAUACCACCGCAUAUUAGAGAUUAUCUUAUAAAUAAUAAUGCACACCUGGCUAGUCAUUGGUGAAGAAUUAUAUAUACAUAUAUGCAUAUAUCUUAAAUAAAUGUAAUAACAAAUGUAAUAAAUGCAAAAUAUAUAUUUAUAUGAUUUCUUUAUUUCAUAUACAUAAAAAUCAUAACAAAAUGUGUAUGUGUACAUGUGUAUAUUAUUAAACAAAAU